UGGCACUACUUCCAAAACACCACAGCAUCAAUCCUCACUCCAGUUAUCGUUUGGUUUCAGUUUACUUCACCAAAUUUCUCGUAAUUCAAUAAGUGAGGUUGUGACAGGCAUCGAAAUGGUUGUUUUGAAAGGUGUUCCGCGUAUUCUAUCUCCUCAAAUAUUGUAUGCACUUGCAAGAAUGGGUCAUGGAGAUCAGUUAGUCCUCGCUGACGCCAACUUCCCUUCAAGUUCUGUAUGUAACAGUGGCCCAGAAGAGCUCAGAGCUGAUGGUCAUGGUAUACCUGAGCUGUUAGAAGCAAUUUUGAAAUUUUUUCCAUUGGAUACCUAUGUAAAGGAGCCGGUGAAACUGAUGCAGGUUACUCAAAAAGACCUUGAUGAGGGAAUGGGUAUACCAAGUGUUUGGGCAAAGUACAAGGAGAUCAUCGACAAAGCUGAAGGACACAAGGUUUUUGUUGGUACAAUUGAAAGAUUUGAAUUUUAUGAGGUUGCAAAGAAAUCAUUUGCUGUGAUUGCAACUGGAGAGACUGCUUUGUAUGGGAACAUUAUCCUUAUUAAAGGAGCUCUGCCACCGGACACCGAAAAUGAAUAAAAUAUAAGGAAAAAGUGGAAACACGAGUGGAGAUAAAUCUACCAUUGUGCAUUUAAUUGAAAUAGUUAAAAUUGCAAAAAUUUGUCGUAUUAAUAAAUACCAAUUAGGUUACAAAA